AUGACACCAAGGAAGGAGAAGUUUUCCUACAUCGUCGAUGAUUCUGCAAGGAAAGCUACCUUCAGGAUAAGAAAGAAGGGUCUGUUGAAGAAGGCGAGUGAAUUGAGUACGCUUUGCGGGAUAGAAGCUUGUGUGAUUAUCUACAGUCCUUAUGACACUCAACCUGUGGUUUGGCCAUCCCCUGAGGGAGCCCAGAGUGUGCUUUCGGAUUUUAAGAAGGUGCCUACGAUGGAUCAAAGCAAGAAGAUGAUGAACCAAGAGAGUUUCCUUAGGCAAAGGAUUGAAAUCGCCAACCAACAGCUCCAGAGACAGUCUAAGGACAAUCGUGAGAAAGAGAUCACACAAGUCAUGUUCCAAUGCCUGGCUGGACAAGGGUUGGAGAGUUUGAACAUGAAGGAUUUGAAUGACCUCGGUAGGUUGCUCGAGCAAAACCUGGAGGAUAUUGACAAGAGGAUUGAUACGCUUACCAAGGCGUCUCAUUCCCAAGGGUCUGUAGCAGCAGCAUCAGCAACAAUGGCAACACCAGAAGUGAUGCUGAAGAGUGGAGAGAAGGUGCAAGCGGAGAGGCCAGAACGUGAGGCGAGCACGGAAACAGAGGAUUGGGAACAGAUGAUUGACGAGCUGCUGCACUCACCAGAGGACGUGGGACUUGGUCUGGUGCUCCCAUUUGGGGAUAACAACCCCACUGUUUUUUUCCCUUAGGAAAAACAGCUAUGCGUAUCACAGUUUCAGCAC